GCACAAGUCCUCGCCGCUGCCAUCCGGGGAGUCUUCCGGAUCCCCCAGUCCGAGGUACGCAACCCCGGCGUCUCAGUCCACGUCAACCGUACGCCAGCGCGGCUCGUCGGUCUCUACCAUCCGCCCCCCAUCGAUUCCCUCUGUGAACGCUCUUCAUGUUACUCGCGUCGUCUCCAACCCCAUCCCGGCGAGCACGCCAGCGUCAACCUUCCGCUCGCGCAGCCGCGCGUCGUCUGUCGUACAUCGCGGGCGUUCCACCAGCCCGUUCCACGACUUCUCCGCCAUCUGGAGAAGCUCAUCCCGCGAGGCUCCUACCCCUCCGAAUGGUGAGAGCACCAGCUGGUGGACGAAGCGGGAGGUCAUCCCUAGGCCAUGGGAGGAGCGGAAGCAGCGCACGAUCCCUACUGAGCAAGCGGAGGGCUGGGUUCGGACUCGAGAGCGUGUAGCGGAAGCUGCUGCCAACGUGCUAGGCACGACCGGCGAGGUCAUGCACGAGCUGCUCGAAGUCAGCGUGGACAUCCUGCGCUUCGCUCCCAUCGUUGGUCUCGAGGAGGCAGCCCGGACGCUACUCAACAUCUGGGAUUCCCUGCAACUUGUCGAUAUCAACCGUUUAGCGUGCUUGCGUCUGACUGAACGAUGCGCUACCAUUCUCAUGUCCGUACGCGAGGACAUCGCCGAGGCGGGCGACGAGGUCGGCGCGGAGCUCCAGGCGCCCGUGACUCGUUUAAUCGAGUCCUUCCGCGAGGUUCACCGGUUCCUUGUCAAGCAGUCACAUCGGCCAUUCAUCAAGCGGUACCUCCAGCGCGAUGAGAUCCAGCGGGCACUGGUUGGCUGUCACAACAGCCUCAGCGACGCGCUCGGCAUGUUCAGCCUCUCCAUCCAGAUCCGUAUCCUGAAGCAGGUCCUGCGAGCGGAGGAGCAGCGCCGGGCCGAGUCGGCCGCGCUGCUCGACACCAUUACUCACUCGAUGCACCACGACUCGCCGACGUCCUCCUCGCCGAUGAACAUGCUCCAGCUCACCGGCACCGACCCCGCGCCUGCGGAGGGCACGGAACACGUGCUCGCGACGUUGCAGGCUGUCACCGCGCGUCAGAACGAGCGCGACAUGGUGUACGACGCGGACGACCUGCGCCAGCUCAUGCGCGCGGCACUGCAGACUAACAACGAUGUCGAGAUGAUUCGCAUCCUCCAGGUCGGCCGCGACGAGAUGCCCGAAGCCAUCAAGACGCUCCAGCGUGCGCUCGAGAUCGAGUGCGAGCGUGAGCGCACCGCAGCUGAAGAGCAGGAGGUCGUCAUUGUCACGACCGCCGCCGCCGAAGUCACCACUACGGCCCCAGGUGAGACGACGAACCUCAAGCGGUCCGCAACCGUCGUCAGCACAGGUUCGAGCCAGACGUCGUCCUCGAACAGCAAUCGUUCGCGCGCCGGCUCCUCCCUUCCCCCACGCGACACCCUCGACCGCGAGUUCAUGGAGACGGGGAUCGACGCGCUGCGGCGACUGAGCGGGAGCGGGGAGGUGACGCUGCCGAGCUGGACGAUCACGCGGUACGAGGUCGACCGGGAGGAGAAGAUCGGGCUGGGCUUCUUCUCGGACGUGUACAAGGGCACGUGGCGCGGGCGCACCGUCGCGAUCAAGGUGCUCGCGGAGACGACGCCGCGGCAGCUGUUCGUGCAUGAGGUGUCGAUCUGGAAGACGCUGCAGCACCCGAACGUGCUCGAGCUCCUCGGCGCGUCUUCGGCAUCGAGCGACCCGCCGUGGUUCUUCGUGAGCCCGUACUACCGCAACGGGAGCCUGGUCACGUACCUCAAGGGCCUGCCCUCGCUUGACGGUGUGGACCUCCUCAAGAUGAUCCACCAGAUCGCGAAGGGCAUGGCGUAUCUUCACGGGCGGGGUAUCUUGCACGGAGACCUCAAGGCCGCGAACGUGCUCGUCGACGACAAGGGCCACUGCAUCAUCUCCGACUUCGGUCAGAGCGAGAUGAAGUCUGAGGCGUACCGGAUCAGCGGCAUGCCCCUCCCUCACGGAACGCUGCGUUGGCAGGCCCCGGAACUGAUGUCCGGUCUGAGCGACCUCACCCAGCAGAUCGACGUGUACGCGUUCGCGAUCACUUGUGUUGAGCUCUUGACCAAGGGCGCGCUGCCAUGGGCGAUGGCCGACGACGACGCUGUGCGUCACUUUGUCCUCCGCGAGGACAUGCGUCCGGAGCCGCCUCUGCAGCGCCUGUGGUCCACGCAACUUUCUGAGAUCCUGCACUCGUGCUGGCACCGCGAUCCGUCGGUGCGCCCGCCCUUCAUGAAGAUCGACCACGACGUCCAGGCGCUGCGCGCCCGGUUUGGAUCGGACAUCAAGGAGUCGCCCAUCCCUGCCCGUCGCAUAGAGCUCGAGGACAUGCGCUCGCGCAAGUCGCCAGAUAUGCACCCGAUUCCGCUCCCUCUCCUCCCUCCGGACACUACCGCUUCCUUCAUCGAAGAAGACACUAUUCCCUCUGCGGACACGUCCUACCGUACGGCGGUCGGCGAGUUCUCCACGUCGACCACUAUGCAGUCUGUCACGGACGAUGAGCACGACGCCCCCGAUCCUUUCAACAUCGACCGGAGCCAUACGAGCAGCCGCGCGUCGUCGUCUUUACAUGACGGGCACUCGGAACACAUCAUGUUCCCACGUCACGUCUCGCCGCCGCCACCGGACGAGCAGGCGGAGAUUUCGCGGAACGAGCGCCGGUACCGGAUGCUCCUCCAGCACGAGUUCCACCCAUCUCUUACCUUGCCGCUCUGGCAGCCGUCCCAAGUUCCGAUCGGCGCUGUUGGCUAUCACAACAAGGCGUCAGGGGGCGAAUUUGUGACGCUCUUCAACUCGUUCGACCCCGCCAAGUCGUCGGACGACCGGGCGAAGGACAUCCCGUCGCUGUACGGCUACGGGCGCGUGAACCAGGGGGUCCAGCGGCAGGACAAGCGGAACGUCGCCCAGCGCGGGAUGGACAUCAUCCAGUCCUGGCUGACUUCGACUCGCAGCAAGGGCGAUAAGUACUCACGACGCUACUCCUCGCCGCUGCGCGCGGGUCACAAGACCGCCCACCUGUUCACGGAGUCGACCAACUACCGGUACAUCGAUGACUUGUCGACGCCGAAGAAGUGGUUCAAGGCGAACAUCGACCACAUCCUCGCCAUGUAUGGGGCUGAGCACCACAUAUCAAAAGAGGACAUCUACCUCGUCAUAGGGACACUAGAGGCGCAGGACUAUGCGCUCUUCGUGAGCCACGAGCACCCAGACGGGCAGGUGGACUUCAACGUGUUCUCCGCGGCGCGCACCGGUCAGCCGUGGGGUGAGUUCUCGUUCUCGUUCGACCUCUCGUCGUCCUUCCUCGGCGGGCCGAGCUACGACGAGCCGAUCGGGAACCCCCAGUGGGCGCGCAACAUCUCCAAUUACGGGAACAACGGCAAGUGGGAGUCCGUGCUCCUCGCGCGUCUCCGCUUCAAGCCGGACCAGGCCGAGCCGACAUCGCUAUAGCCCCCGCCACGCGCACCCACCCUCGUUAUUUUCUCCCCCCACCCUUCGCAUUCGCAAUCUUGCAUUCACCACAUAUCCCGCGGCCCCGCACACAUCUACACACUACGCGCCAUCUUGUUUAACAUCGGACACUCGUUACAUUUAUGACAUCAACCUCCGGGCCCGCGAGGGCGGAGAGCGGACUUGGAUCGUUGUCGUCGCAUUAUAGCAUCAGCCUCGUACUUACAGCAACAUCAACAGUCCCGUACAUACACAC